AUGGGAGCAUAUAGAGCAGAAGACGAUUACGACUACCUCUUCAAGGUGGUCCUAACCGGAGACUCCGGCGUCGGUAAAUCCAACCUCUUAUCUCGUUUCACAAGAAACGACUUCAGCCACGACUCACGUGCAACCAUCGGUGUAGAGUUCGCCACACGUAGCAUCAACUGUGACGACAAGAUCGUCAAGGCUCAAAUCUGGGACACGGCAGGCCAAGAAAGGUACCGAGCUAUCACGAGCGCUUAUUACCGAGGAGCCGUUGGUGCGUUACUAGUAUACGACGUGACACGUCACGUAACGUUCGAGAACGUUGAGAGGUGGUUAAAAGAGCUAAGGGACCACACGGACGCAAACAUUGUGAUAAUGCUGGUUGGGAACAAAGCUGAUCUUCGUCAUCUUAGAGCAAUCUCGACGGAUGAAGCUAAGGCUUUUGCGGAGAGAGAGAAUACUUUUUUCAUGGAGACAUCUGCGCUUGAAGCUCUGAACGUUGAGAAUGCUUUCACCGAAGUCUUGACACAGAUUUACAGAGUCGUUAGCAAGAAGGCUCUUGAAGCUGGUGAUGAUCCAACCACUGCUUUGCCUAAAGGACAAACGAUUAAUGUCGGAGGCAGAGAUGAUAUCUCAGCUGUUAAAAAACCUGGUUGCUGCUCUGCUUAG